AAGCGUCCCUCGGUUGAACUCUGCCCUCUUCUCGAUCUAAAACAGCAUCAUUGUCUGGCGGCGGGUCAGCAUCUGGGACGAUCCCUGUACUGUCGGCGCCUCCACAUCCGGGAAUACUUGUACAUGGAGUAA